UGUGCUUUUCCGUUCAUCUUUGAAAAUCGAGUUCGAUUUUCACUUGUAGUUGACUGAAAUUAAAUUAGAAAUAAAGUGUUUUUCAUCUUCAUACAUUAACAAAAGUUGUAUACAAUGUCGGUUACAUCAAGAUCUAGUAGUAUAAACUCGAAUAAACGACGGAUCGAUGAGAUUGACGAUACGAUUGAAUACCUAACUAACGAAGUCAAUAAAUGUGAUGAUUUUGCCUUGAAAUCAGAUUUUGAAUCUUCAUUAUUAGCUUUAAAAUUAAGAAGAGAAAAAGUGAAGGCUCUUGCUGCGGCCGCAAGGACCCAAGUUUUGCUGGCCGACAUGGAGGUUCUGAUAGCUGAGAGCGACCUUCUUUCUGACGUAGAGCGAUUAAAAAAAUAUAAGAAGAAUAAAUUGGAUGGCGGGAAAGAUGAACUCCAAGCAAACCAACAUGAAUCCAUAAGAACUAUGAAGUCAACCUCUGUUCAGACUUCAAUGUAUUACAGAACUGAGCGCAAGAAAAGAAAGCAUAGUGAGUCUGGACACUCAUCAAAGCAUUCUGACUGGGAAGCAAUACGGUCACAAUCCAUUCCCAAAAGCCCUUACACCAAUCAAAACUCCCUUAGCACCUGUAAAGAUAAUCCUAUGGAACCAUUGGUGUCGACUCAGGCAAGCCAACAAGAAGCUUCCCAAAGUACUACAAUGUCAACUUCUGUCCAAACUUCAUUUGAUGACGGAAAUGAGCAUCAACCCAAGAAAAUGAAGUAUAAUGACCCUAGAUGUUCUCCGACUCACUCUGACACUGAAACUAUACAGUUGCAGUCUGUCUCUAGAAGCCCUAGUGCGGAAAAAAUCCUUUGCGCCAUCCUUAAUGAUUCAGGAGAGCCAUUGGUGUCGACUCAAGCAAGCCAACAAGAAUGUACUCAGAUUCCAGAGUCUAACUCUAACAAAACUUCUAAUGCUUACAGAAACGAAUAUGAGUAUGAGUUCACAACAUCAAAGCUUAUUGAUGCUAUACAUUCUCCGAUGCACAUUGACAUUGAUAUGUUAGAGCAGUCUGUCUCCAAAAGCCCCAUCACUGAAAAAGAGACCUAUACCAGCCACAAAGAUGGAACGGAACCAUUGGAAAAAGGUUACAGAAGCGAACUAGAGCAUGAGCACAAGAAUAGAAAGCCUAGUGAUCCUAGACGUACACCGAAACACUGGGACUGCGAACUGACGCACUGGGACAUCGAUACAAUAGAGGUACAGUCAAUCUCUAAAACUACUACCGCUGUGCGAAAAUCUCAUGCCAGCAGUGAAGACAGUCUAAUAGAACCGUUGAAGGUGAUUACUGGAUAUACCACUGAUAUAGACAUAUCACUAUCCAGUCCUUUAAAAGCUGAAUUCGCCAAACCAUAUGCAAUCAAACAGUCUCAAGACAUUCGUAAGUUACAAACAGAAUCUUUAAACACAUGUAAAGUCACUCCAGCCCCAGAACUUAAAGAAAAAAAGAAGAAGAAAUCAAAGAACAAAAGGAAACAAGAAAAUCCUGCUGCAUCUACUAAACCUUCUGGGAUAACAACGAAAACUGUUUCAGAGAUCAAUAGAAGAGCUUUUAGUCCGAAGCCUAAUCCUUAUAAUGCAUUAAUUUCGUACCGUCCCCAGGACUUGCCACCUGCUACAAGCAAGAGUACACCUUCUACAAAAGCUCCUAGUAAACAUAUUCUGCCAUUGAUGAUCCCACGACCGCCUCCAUUAGGUCCGUGCCUCGGUAUGGGCAACCCUGUACCGCAAACCAGUUCAUUCCAGUCCACAACUCGUUUAUGCCGGUCACCAUACAACUUCUACAACAAGAAGAAAUAAAAAUAAGUUAAGGCAUAAGGUUUCCCCUUUAAUAUUUGCAAGAGUUGUUUAAAACAUUUGUUUAUGUUUCAGAUGUCUUUUAAAAUCUCUUAGAGAUGCAAAGUAUAAUAUUAUUUUAUUGUAAGGACUGAUUUAAUGUAACUAAAGGACUGAUCUAUUCACCAACAUAUGUUGUAUGUUGUUUGAUUGAUGAUGUGAACAAUUAAGGAAUAUAAAUAAUUUUAAUGUCAUAUAAUUAUGUAUUUUAAAACUUGCUUAUUUCUAAUAAUUUUGAACAAAUUAAAUCAUGUUGGAAUAGUUUCAAUAAGAAUUCAUGUAAAAUGCAAUCUACCUCUGCACCAAAUUUCAUCUAAAUCUGUUAAGCUAUUUAGGUGUAAAAUUCCUAAAUUUUAUACAAUAUGUAAACUUACAGUUAGCUUAAAAUAAUUAUUAAAAAUACUAUUAUUGUGUUAGAAGCUGAUACAAAUGGAUCUACAAGGUUCAAUUGUCGACAAUUGAAACAAAUUUUAAAUAAUUUGCAUAAUUCUUGUAGAAACAUUUGUUAAUAGUUUUAGACACAUAAUACCGGUAAUUUUUCUAUUAGAUAACACAUUUCGAAACGCAAAAUGACAAUUUGUUAGUUUGAAAUGUGUUUUCCGUAUUUUAUAUUGAGAAUAUGCUUAUAAACAAUGUUCAGUUAAUAUUUUUUUAGAAUUUUUACUCAAUUUUUUUUAAGCUAAUUGUGUAUUUAAUUGUAAAGGUGAACUAAUUGGCGUACUGAAUUGAUUAUUGGAAAGGCCGCCAUCUAUGUGUAUCAAAUUGAACUGAACAGUACGUUUUUUAAAGUCUUUGCAAAGAAAAGUAUGACAUUAUUUUAAGUACAAAAAAACUAUAACUUUACGUGACCAAAGAGUUACUUCUAGAAUGUCCUAUAGAUAAUAAGUAUAAAAGCUAAUAAUAAUUGUUGUGAUAAUGAUAAUUUUAUUCCUAAUUCUAUUUUAAUUACGAUUUUAUGUAGAACGUAAAAAGUAUGACUUUUUUUAUUUUCAAUGAAAGUGUUUGCAAAAACAUAAUAAUUAUAUGUAUGGUGCAUUUUUCAAGGAUGUAGGUAUUUGUAUUAUAACUUUCGUGAUACAUACUAAACAAAUUAUUAUGUUUUCGACUUACUCAUGUAAUUAUUUGUCGACGAACUCGACUCGACAGUAGUCGCCGCGUCGCGGGUCGCGAAAUGCUGCUCAUAAAUAUGAGCCUCUAGCAUAGAAGCUAGUCGAGUUCCUCGACAAAUAAUUACGUGAGUAAGCCGAAAACAUAAUUUAUGAAGUAGGUAUUUCUAAAGUUCAUUGUACAGCGUCUACCUACAGACUUACUUUAAGUACUUUAUACAUAGCUGUAUUAUACCUAAGGCAAACUAGACAAGUCUAAGUCGCCAGGAUACAGAAGGGCGCCGUAAGACGCGGUGCCUAACUGCCCAUAGAGUCACGGUGGCGCCAAAAAAAAUAGGAACGCCCAUCGGGUGCUUACUUUGUCCUGGAUAACAAAAAACACUAUCAGUAUGACUGAAAAUGCAAAAUAAUGCUGCCAUAAUUAUUUUGAUUGUGUUUUAAUAAUUUUUAUAUUUU